UAUGUAUAUAAUAUGUCGAAUCACCUCUUUCUCGCGCGCGCGGAUAUCGCCUAUCGCCUGACGUCUGGCGAAGAUGGCGGCGAGUGGCGGCGUACGUCUCCUGCUCCUUGGAGUUCUGUGUACAUUUCUCUCGAAACUAUGCAAUGGCGCGGCGACGGACAUCAAAUUGGACGCCAAGGCGCAACUGUUGCAUCGACUCGACAGCCUCAAUCUCCUGCUCUACACGUUCCUAUUGAUAUUAACCGUUUUAACGAUAUGGAUGUUCAAGCACCGCCGCUUGAGGUUCCUCCAUGAAACUGGCCUGGCUGUCAUCUACGGUUUGAUCAUAGGCGCGAUAAUACGUUAUGGGUUCGCAACGAGCAGCACUAUUCUGCAUAUGCCGGUGGUCCCGGACAAUUCCAGCAAGUACAAUCAGUCUGUACCGCCGGACACGCUGUGGCUACGUUUCCCAGAAGACAAGGGCGGCGGUAUCGUAAAGAACAAGACAUUCGCGUACUCGUUUCGCGGCGAAAUCUACAAGGAAGAUAACGAGAUCGACUUGAAGGCGACCUUCGAUCCCGAAAUAUUUUUCAAUAUCAUACUGCCUCCCAUUAUCUUCCACGCUGGAUACAGCUUGAAGCGUAGAUACUUCUUCAGAAAUCUGGGCGCGAUUCUUAUGUAUGCUUUGAUAGGAACCUCAAUAUCAGCCUUCGUUAUUGGAGCUCUGAUGUACGCCUUUGUGCAACUGAUACCGCAUCUCUCCACAUCGUUCACGUUUCUGGACACCCUGUACUUUGGCGCACUGAUAUCCCCUACGGAUCCCCUGACAAUAAUCUCCAUCUUUAACGAUCUACACGUAGACGUUAAUCUGUAUGCUUUGGUGUUCGGCGAGAGUGUGCUAAACGAUGCGGUUGCUAUUGUACUUAGCGGCUCGAUACAGAACUACGCGGAGCGAUACCAGUCGGGAUCAGGUGGUUUUGAGACCGUGGCGUUCUUCCAAGCGUUCGGGGACUUUGUUGAAAUAUUUAGCCUGUCCCUCUUCAUCGGCGCUACCAUGGGAUGUAUUACCGCGUUACUGACCAAGUUCACCAGAGUGCGGGACUUUCCUCUCUUGGAGUCGGCGUUAUUCGUCCUGAUGUCUUACAGCACGUUUCUAAUCGCCGAAGCUGCCGAUCUUACAGGUGUUGUUGCCGUUCUCUUCUGCGGAAUAUGUCAGGCUCAUUACACGUACAACAAUCUGAGCCCGGACUCGCGCCAGCGCACGAAACAGCUGUUCGAGUUGUUGAACUUCUUGGCGGAGAAUUUCAUAUUCAGUUACAUCGGCGUCUCGAUGUUUACUUUCCCGAAACACCAUUUCGAUCCUGGCUUUAUCUUCGCAGGAUUUUUGUGCGCGUUGCUGGGUCGCGCAGCUAAUGUUUAUCCAUUAUCCUUCAUACUGAAUCUGGCGCGAAAGCCGAAGAUAUCGUUGAACUAUCAGCACAUGUUGUUCUUCGCUGGUUUGCGCGGCGCCAUGAGCUUCGCUCUCGCCAUCAGGAACACCGUGUCGGAGGCCAGGCAAGCUAUGCUGACCACAACCAGCUUGAUCGUUAUACUGACGGUUAUUUUCCAAGGUGGCGCGACAACACAGUUUUUAAGCUGGUUCAAUAUUCCAGUCGGAGUAGAUGAGGAAAUAGAAGGACUUUCUCAUAAUGGAACGCGCAGUUCUGGCGGCGAGGGUGGCUACGAUGAUCUGGACACACAUAGGGGAAGAAGUCCGCCGUAUAAUUCUAUGCAGGACGGAUCGUUGCCAGGCGGCGGCAGCGGCAGCGGCGGCGUAGGCGGCACAAAGCCUAACGAGAAGGCAUUGCUCGCUAGAAUCUGGGGCGACUUCGACACCAAAUACAUGAAGCCCCUGUUAACGCACUCCAGGCCUACGUUAUUGGAAACGUUGCCGGUCUGUUGCGGUCCGCUGGCGAGGAUCCUCACGACCACGCAACAGAUGACGCAGGACGAGGUUGCAAGAAAGGUCGAUUCGGACUCAGACUUCUGCUUGGAAGAUCGCGAGAUGGAGCGACGCAGGACCAGCGUUCAGCCGCUGGGGACCGUGAUGAUGAUGGGAGAAGUUAGUCCGGGACCACUACCGCUGCACACACGAGUCGCCCUGCCAGGUCUGGUCGGCAGACAUUUGUAAAAUCUUUCUUUCUAGCCGAUUGAUCGUUUCGCUUUCACCUCGUUCGUCCUCGUACGAUUCCUGUUCCGGUUGUCAGUUCCAAAAUCGGCCGCAUGGCGAUUUUAGAUUAUAUACAUGUUUAUCAUUUGUCACCACCCAGUAAACAUCAACUAACAGUUGCAUAACAUCAAUAUUAUAAUUUUUCACCUAACAAUAUAAAUGUAAUAUAACACGUGUUGCACAUAGCAGUUACAUUGCUGAGUAGGGACUUAUAAUAUUGAUGUUAUGUGACUUGGUUGCUGUUUACUGAAUAUUGUUAAGUCAAUAUUGUAAAUUAUUUCAGACGCUCUUCGCCUAGCCGAAGGAUUAGUCAAGGAACCAUGUUAGUUACAAGGAUCAGUUAAUAAUAUCUGAUUGUAAUGUGCUGCCGAUUUUGAAGACGAGUCUUUCUAAAUGAUUGCACACCGCAACCGACGCCGAGAGUUCUAAGUCACAAUCGGGUUUGUUAUAGGGCUUUUGAAGAACCGGUCGUGCUUCCUGUGCAAUUUUUAAUAAAAUAAAAUGGAGAAAACGGAGGAUAUAUUAUUGGUCGGGAAAGAUUUAUACGUUUAUCGGUUUCGCUAGGUUUAUAGAUAGAUUAAUUUCGACGACGGUGAUGCCAUGCGUUGAUUACUUCUUCGCGAGCUUUAACUGUAGUAUUCUCAGUGUGAUGAAAGAUACGAUAUGUACCACGUGAGUCGCCUGAUCCGUUACACUUUAAUGUCUUAUUAUAUAAUAAUAAUAAUUGUUAAAUAGUAAUAAUAAUUAUUAUUAUAUAUAAUUAUUCGAAAUAUCUGCCAAAUUCUUAACGGUAGCUUAAUGGAGAACGCAUCAGAGUUACCCGCCAAUUGUAUGAUUAAAUAUUAAAAAAUGUAUACAUCUUUGUUUUUUUUUACGUAAUAUAAUGUCUAGUAUGUAAAUACAAUAGUUUAUUCGUUUUUACCAUCAAGCGCCAUUGAGAAUUUAUUAGAGAUUUAGAGUAACGAGAUAUUGACUUGUUACAAAUUACGUGCGACUCGCGUAAUAAAGUAGUGCGAUAACGAAAUGUGAAAAUUGUAUCUAUUAUGUUAGUGAAAUGAUAUAACGCAAGAAUGAUAUAGAGCGAUCUGUAUCUAAUCCUUGUAUACAGAGCAUGCGUAAGGAUGAAGCUGAAUCAGUUCAGAAUUAGUCGGAGACAGGCAACAAGAUGUGUACGUCGACUUGACGUCUGGGACGGACCAGUGUAAAUUAAUUUGUGUCUCGCGUCGCACGAAUCUAUUGUAUUCGAGGGCGCACCGCAUUGCUUUGAACGGCGUGAUUGAAAGUCGUACUACGUAAUCUUUGGGUCCCGCGAAAUGACUUAAUUUAGAUAUUUACAGCAGUCGGCGAAUUGACUUUGCCGUUAUGUACAAAACCUAGCUACUACUUAACGCGGAGUGCGGGGCACUCCGUCUUACCGUUUACAUUGUAACGCAUUAAGACUCCUUGUUGCCUCGCUGCAAUUGUUUGUCACGCCAUAGGCGAGAAAUCGUAUGACUUCUUUCCUCACCGCAAACUAUUGUCCGCUUUGGAAAGGGAUUCAUGAUUUUUCGUUUUUAAUAGCCUCCAUAAUUUUUAAUAUAUAAAAAAAUUGUGUAUCGCAAAGUAAUACAAUUGUCAUGAUUUUUUAAUAUAUUAACAGCAGAGUGCGACCGCGAGCUUUAAUCACGUGAAUCUUGCAUGUAAGUUACAACGCGAACAAUGUACAAGAUGGGUUUAAGAGGAUCAGUCAAUUUUUGAUUUACGAAGGGGACGUUUAUCGGCUUCCGCUGGCAUUGUUACGCGAAUUCUUUGGUCGUGGUAGAGGUAAAGUUAGAUCUGCGCUCCCCCAAAGAAACUUGUACCAGAUUAUAAGUUAUAAUCCUUAAAUAGGAAUGCGAAUACGGUGCAAGGAUACGAGAGGACUUUUAAUUUAGUCGUUGGCUGUGAAGAUUUAAUAAAAACUGUUUGCAGAUGUAGAAUGUAGAUAUUAGGAGGGUGAAUCCUCAAGGCGGGAGGGCGUUUAAAUAGCGUUGUAUUUGUCAAACGUGUACUGAUUCUCGAGAUAAGCAUGGUAUUCGCGAAGAGAAUUGUUCUAAGACAAGUUGUAACAAUCUUGCGUUAUAGCGAGCGAAAUCGUAAUGUAAAGACGAACGUAUUGUGCUCCUCCGUAUAGAUAUUCGUGUUCGUGAAUCCGAUGUAUAAUGUGUAAUCGUAACGUAUACAUGCAAUGAAUAUAACAACGUUGUGAUACCAUGUACCACACUUUGCAAUGUUUAAUAAAGUAUUUGUAAAAACACA